AUGACGGACAACUAUCGUUUCCAUGCGUUCAAGACCCACCAAGUGCGACGAAGACGGGCCGUAGUUGUGUGCAUCUGGUGCCAUGAGAAGAAGAUCAAGUGUGAUCUCCAAGAGACCAGUGGAAAGGGAUUCAGUAAAUGCACCAACUGUGCCACUACCGGCAUUGACUGCAGUGUUCGGCCCUCGAGGAGAUGCAAGCGACGGCAAACUAGGGCUCCAGAUGGUAGCAUUCCCGACAGCUCCCGAUACAGGCCUCCAACUGGCGCAGAGGCGGAUGGCAGCUCUGUCAACCCGCUUCCAGUUGCUACCUCUGGUGGUGAUAAUGGAGAUCGUUUUCCGCUCUUCCCACUCAGUGAUAUCUGUGAUCCGUCGCCCCAUUCGAUGAGUGAUCGGGAGCCUUUACCACGGCCCCAGCAAUCAGUCCAGCCGACGCAAGGCGAUCUCCCCAUUGGUGAUUCAGUCUCUGGCCCCAGACCGGGAGACGCUGCAGACAGCUACCUGGGCGAGCCGGGAUACGGGGUGGUCUAUGGAUCGGAGAUUAGAAACGAUGCAGAUGGUCAACGGAGACACAGUAAUGUCCUUCCUGAGAGCGUCGAUCUUCCCCCGCCUGAGCUGCAGCAGGGCUUCAAAGAGACAUUCUUCGAGUAUUGCUAUACGUGGUGCCCAGUGCUCGACCGCGAUACGAUCCAGUCUGACCUGGAAAAGUCACCUCUCGUGGUCAACGCCCUCUCGUUGGCGACCAGUCACAUCUGUCCGCCGGUGAUCAAGCAUGCAGAGCCUGCGACGUACUACGACAAAGUCAAGCAGCUCUUCUACGGGGACAAAGAACCGAACCUCUUGAUGUGUCUCAAAUCAAUUGCGUUGGUGUAUUGGUGGAGCCCACGGCCCCCUUCACGGGUGCACAGGGACUCGUCAUGGUGGUGGACGACCGUCGCUAUUCGGCAUGCACAGCACGGCGGUUUUCACCGUGAGCCUAAGCAGGGACAGUUGGUCCAAUCAAUGAUCAAUCCUGGACUGCGACGCAGGCUCUGGUGGACUUUUUUUGCUCGCGAGCGAUUGACUGCCAUAUGCCAAUGUCGUCCCUGCGUGAUCGAUACAGAGGACUGCAACAUUCCGUUUCCCACUUUAGAUGACUUUCCAGAAAAAACCCUCCAAGCGGAAGUGUUCAUCCGCUGGGUGAAGCUGUGCGACACCAUCGGAAACAUCGCCAAACACCUGCAGCGCACAAGUAAUAACAUGAUAUCGCACUUCCCAGUCGAUCUGGCCAAGGAACUCAUGAACUGGGCGCAGUCCCAGCCGGAACAUCUCUCUCUACCCAUUGCGUCCGAUCGGACGGUCACCUUCAAUCGCGACAUCCAUCAGCUGCAUCUCCCGUAUCUCGCCGUGGUGAUCGUCCUGCAUCUGAGCCAGACGCCGCUGCCGCUGCCUCGGGCGUACCCGGCUGCGAUACUCGCGGCCUCGUGCAUUGCUCGCAUCCUGAAGGAUUGCCUGAUGCGAGGCCGGGUGCGGUAUCUCAUGGGCAUUUCCUGCUGGUACUGCGGAAUGGCCAUGCUCGCGUUGCUGCAUGCCCGCCAGAUCAAGCACCUCUCCCGGUAUGCUGACGAAGACAUACAGAUCGUGCUUCUCGCGCUAAAUGAGCUGAAGCUGAUGUGGCCGACGGCGAAUAUUUUCCUGCAGGGGUUUGACCGUCUCAACAAGAACCCGUCUUCUGAUGUAGGGCAGGAAGAGGAUCUGUUUGACUUGGAGGAUAUCAGUACGCUGCAUGGGAUUGACUGGGCCAAUUACUUCCCCUUCGCUUCGCCCCAGACAAGUGGGCUGGCGAACAUCCUGCUGGGGAACAGACAGAUGGAGCUGCCGAUUGAUCAGACGGGGCUGGAGUUGACGGCGUUUGAUUUGACCAAUCUGUUUGAUCACUUUGAUAGUUUCUGUAGUUCUUUUCAACCGGUGGUGUGA